AAAUUACCGACCCGUCGCCCUAGAUUUUGCUGAUAUCGAACCCUUCCUUGGUCUCGCAGAUUGAGGGGAAGAGGGACGGGGAGGUAGAGAUAAAAUUGAGGGGAAAAAGGAAAUAAAAUAGUGGGAAAAAAAAUGGCUUCGAUUAAUAUCUUUGAGGCAAACUUGUCCGAUUUCGAGCAGGUUUUUGAGAAUUUUAAGACGAUCAACUCGGAGAUAAAGCUGCUUCUUUUCCUCGCCGAUAAGGAUCCCUCUACAAAGCUUAGUUGGUGCCCUGACUGCAAUGUUGCAGAACCUGUGAUUGACGACAUGCUCGCAGCUACAGCUAGCGAUAUUUCGAUCCUUAAAACAUUUGUAGGGGACAGAGCCACGUGGAAGAAUCCUAUUCAUCCAUGGCGAGUCGAUCCAAGAUUCAAGCUCAGGGGUGUACCGACUCUCAUUCGAUGGGAGAAUGGUGCCAUCACUGAACGUUUAGAGGAUGAUGAGGCGCAUAUUGGAGACAAAAUACAUGCUCUUCUUACUGGGAAUUGAUCUUUCUUCUACUUAGACUACUAGUAGUUUUUAUGAACUUUAUUAACAAUAAGAAUAAAAUAUAGCAAACCUUCUUAAGAUAUUUUCGUUGUUUCUGGCUGUUAUAGAAGUCGCAUCAUAUUGCUGUUAACGAUAGCACUUUUAUUGUUCUGCAUAAAUGUUUUGGUGGUAUUUGCAUACAUGGCUGUUUGUUUUUUGGGGAAAAUGAAUA